AUGACGAUGCUGUUCGGAACAGCAGCCCUGGCGGUGCUCUGGGGGGCUGCCCCCGCACUGGCAGGCUCUUUGCGAGACAUUGAACAUGUCAUCAUCUUCAUGCAAGAGAAUCGCGCCUGGGACACCUACUUUGGAACCAUGGCAGGUGUCCGGGGCUUCAACGACCCCAAUGUGCAAGUAAAUGCCGAUGGUCAAUCCGUCUGGAAUCAGGUCGUGGACCCGAGCAUGUCCACUGCCACCAAAUCUCUCCUGCCGUGGUAUCUCGGAUAUCAGGGAGGCAGCUCGAGAGAUGCCAUUCAGUGUAUGGCGGCCGGUGACAAUGGGUACCAAGAUAACCAAGCGGCCUUGAAUCAUGGGUUGAACAACCACUGGGCCCGCAAUAAUACCCCUUGGAGCUGGGGCUACUUGAAACGGGAUGACAUUCCAGUCCAGUUUGCCAUUGCCGAGGGGUGGACCGCCGGAGACAUGUACCAGGAAGCACAAAUCACGUCGACCAACCCCAACCGAGUGACUCUCGUCAGUGGGUCUGUCAAUGUGCCUGGCAGUCCCCAAAGUUCCAACGAAGGCGGCGUAUAUCUUGAUAAUAAUGAGAUGCCAGGCUGCGACGGCCGUGGUAUUAACUGCUAUCCCCUCAAGUGGAAGACAGUAUACGAAUUCUAUGAAGAAGCUGGAGUAUCAUGGCAGCUGUAUCAGGACUCCAAUAACUUUGAUGACAACCCACUGGCCUGGUUUGACCAGUUCCAAACGGCAGACAAGAACUCUCCUCUCGCAAAGAAGGGAAUGUCCUUUGUCGGUCUCGAUGCCUUUUACGCGGCGGCGGCCAACGGCUCGCUCCCCGAGGUCAGCUUCAUUGUUGGGCCCGCCGAGCUGUCAGAGCACCCGCCCUACCAGCCAAAGGAUGGUGCCUGGUUGCAGAAGCAGGUGGUCAAUGCAGUUAUCAACAGUCCCAAGUAUAAAUCGACUCUACUGAUGAUCAGUUACGAUGAGACUGGCGGAUUUGGUGAUCACGUUGCCCCCUUCCACUCUCCCAAGGGUACCCCUGGCGAAUGGAUGACGGACCCGUUGGGUCUGUUUGGCGAUAUCUUUGUGGGACCUGGCUUCCGAGUGCCCUUCUACAUGAUCUCUCCCUGGACUCGUGGUAGCCGUGUCUUCACUGAACGGGCCGACCACAACUCUCAGAUUCUUUUCGUCGAGCAGUGGCUCACGGCACGAGGCUACACGGGCAUCCAGACGAAUCAGAUGGUUCCGUGGCGCCGUGCCCACAUGUCCAAUUUGGUGAAUGCCUUGGACCUGGAUAACCCUGACUAUUCCCUUCCAAAUCUGCCCGACGCCGAAACACCCGCUACCAAUGGCAACGGUGAUUACCAUGACUCCACGAAUGCUCUCUGGUUCGAGGAGGGUUACAAGGAGGUCGUUGGGUAUCUCACCGAGGGUCGAUACCUCGUCGCUGAGAAGGGUGGAUAUGCACUGACCAACUCGGGCAAUCGUGAUUCUGUCACCGUGAGCUCUGCAACCAAGAAUCACGAAUCCAAGAACCAACGCUGGGUGAUCCACUACACCGAAGACGAGGAAAGUGAGGUCUUCACUAUCUCCAGCGCUUUGGACGGCCGCUGGUUGGGACCCCGUGGUGCCUUGCUUCCCAAGGAUCAGGCGUCUCAGGCGGCGCCCGUACGCAUCAGUUUCUUGGGUAACGGUCGUGGCUACGCAGUCAAUUAUGCACAAGGGAAUCAGCUCCUUGAUGUGGACCAUCGGGGUCAGCUCCAAAUUGCCACACAAAGCCAAACGCCCGAGGUUGGUUUUAAGAUUUUCAGUGUGAGCUACCGGGAUUGA